AUGUCAUUCGCAAGCGUAUCAGGGAACGACGAGCAACCAGCCAAGCCACCUAUCACAAGCCGGCCCCUCCACUCUCAACACCAGAACCAGGUCACGCUCCCGAAUACCGUCAAGGGGGAGCCGUUCCCGCUCGAGAACUCCAUCUCGAUCCAGGCAACAACGCUCAAGAUCCCGGUCUGCAUCGGCAUCACGCAUCGGCAUCUCACCUUGUUCUACCAACAAGAACAAGAUAACCCAGAAAUAGCUCACCUUAAGCGCGAGAACACCAUCCUACGUGAUCUCCUAACUAAACUCACGCAGGAGGUUAGAGACCUCAAACAAUCCCAAACACCAGCCCCUACACCUAUCGCUCAGAACGCCCCUGCCCCUAGUCAAGAGGCCCCUACAACUCCCGCCCCCAAGAAGAGAGCCCUGCAAGAUGGAGCCACGGGCCAGGUCCGCUCUCAAGUUAAAGACAUGCUCACCUCACUUCAAACAACUGUGAGCACUUUCCAACAUGCACUGGACUCCAUCCAGCACGCACUCAUUGACAGGGUGCUGCAUGGCCUAAACGACUUCGCGCUGCCGUACCUCGACGACGUUGCUGCUUUUUCAGACUCCUGGGAAACGCAUCUGGAGCAUCUAAGGAAAGUGUUUGAGUGUCUAAGGAGCGCGGUGUUGACGGUGAAAGCCGAGAAGUGUGAACUGGGAGGAGCUCAAGAGGCCGAGGACGCCCAGGAAGCCCCGGAGGCGCAGGAGGCCCAGGAAGCCCAGGAAGCCCAGGAAACCCAGGAGGUCCAGGAGGCCAUGGAGGCCAUGGAGGCGGCGAAGCUGCCGGGGGCCCAGGAGGCCCCGGGGGCCCAGGAGUCGCCGGGGGCUCAGGAGGCGCCGGGGGCUCAGGAGGCGGUGGAGGCACCGGGGGCCCAGGAGGCCCAGGAGGCGCCGGAAGCCCAGGAAGGUCCGGAGGCCCAGGAGGCGCCGGUGGUUCAGGAGGCGACGGAGGCGACGGAGGCGCUUGAGACCCAGGAGGCCCCGGACGCCCCCCCCCCCCCCCUCCCCCCGGAUGCCCAGGGCACCCAGGCGGCCCAGGAGGCCCCGGGAGCGGAGAAAACUGUUUAGCUGUGACACUAAAUGCGUACCUUGCGACCGGGUGCAAGGGGAACUGGCGACUGAAUCUCCUACGCGAAAGGAGGAAAGCAAGAAGGCAGUUCUGGAGGGAGGGGUGCGGAUUCUACGCUGCCGCAACAGCCUACUUGUACUUUGCUCGGCUGCGUGCAGUCGCGCGCACAGUAUUUUGAAAGGGAUCUCCACACGGCUCUUAACUAUGUAUGCUCUGUGCUUUCGUCACUAAGUUUCCGUUCAAGCGAUAGACGGCAUUAACGCUUGCUCACGCCAGCAUUCUGACUGGUCUGCGGUUAUCGAGUGUAAUCUAUUCAUGUUCACUUGUGCGCGCUGACACCAUGCUUGUUCAUUCAGUUAGUAAGCGAAUAUGUCCAAGUUUAUGCAGCCGAUAAAACUACUAUCCUUACUCCGUGUAGCUCUCUACUAAUUUGCUACCGCAAUUGCUGCUUCGUCUUUCUGUCGAAACUGCAGCUUUUUCAUGUAUCCGGUAGUCUUGCGUUACUUUAGCGGUUUUCUUUUUUUUUUUUGCAGGACGCAAUAAAAAGUCACCCUUCGCGUAACUUUCGCUGUUUUAUUCUUUUCGUGAUGAACGCAAUGAAAAGUCAUCCCUCGCGUUACAAUCGCGGUCGCAUUGCAAUCGAAUAAAUACGGUAUGUACCUCCCUGUGUACUCCCGGACAAAACAUUGUUUUGGUUAGUGCCGCUAUGAUCUGCCUUCUAUUUCUGUGCCCGGUAACAUGGCCCUUUCCAUUAUGACUCUUCUAUGUUGUAUCAGCAGCAUCAAUUGCUUCAUGUGUUUACUCUCACUCCAAAAUUUUCUAUAUACCAGGUCCUUUCUCAGCUCAUAUGUAGCACCUUCUCUGACCCCUUCUCGCGUAGGUCGACCACACAUCCUCUGCAUCACGUACCUGAGUGUUCUAUUCUCUCUCUGCUGCCUUCCCGGCUCUUCCACGGAUACAUCAAGUUGCCUUACUACCAUAUGCGCGUUCACCCUCUUGUUCUGUAUCCCUCUUACUGUUGUCACAGUUCCUAGAUCUGUUUGACCAGAUAGGUUUACUGAGCGACUAUGAGUCCUCGAGUCCACUCGGUCUUGGUAUAUUUCCGAAGAUCAGGUAACACAGCGGGUCUUCUACGCACCUGGCUGUCACCAUUCCUGUAUACUUCGGUGUGAAUAUAUAGAUCUUAGCCUCCGGGAGGUAUCUCACCGAGCUGUCCAUGAACAUAACUGGUUUUACCUGCCCCGCCAUGCUUUUUGGAGAUACCAAACUUAUUCUUACUAGUAGAGUGUCCGCACCCGUGUCUCUUAAUACAGUAGCCUUCUUUCCUCCUUCUUUACCUUCCACCACUGGCAUAUCUCGCUCUUUACUCUCGACAAUGGCUGCACUUACGACCUCUAAUCUUUCCGUUUCUUCAGACCUGCGAGCUUCGCGAUUUUCACUAGGGGCUAUAAUCAUUGACACUUCUCGUGGUCUGCGUUUGCAUUCCUCAGUUUUGUGUCCGCUCUUGUUACACCAUUCACAUAUAUCCGUUCACAUUGGUCAUCACGUCCCGCACGACAUUGAAUUGAUUUAUGACCGCGACGGUCACAGAGCAAACAUCUCUGCUGUCCCCUGCGGCCAUCCAUUUGGAGUUUCUCUGUCAGCUUAACUUCCUCUGAAGUGGGCGCACCUCUAACACCCUUUCCUAAAUUUCUCAAUACCUGCGCCUCUACAAACAGGUCUGUUUGUUCUGCCGUCUCCUCCGCAGUCUGUAGUUCUCUCUUUCAGAAAUAUGGUCAAACCAUUGCUACAUCUGGCCAGGAAUUGCUCACCCACAACUUGGUCGUGAACUCCUUCAUAUAUUUUUUUUUUGUUUCGGACAGCACUAUCCACCUCUCAAAAUAGUUUGUCAGACGGCAUGCGAACUGCGUUCCCAUUUCUGAAUCUUCUGGCUUGCACAGUGUGAACUUUUCCGAAAACCUUCAGCGGUCAACCUGAACCUUUGCAAUAAAAAUUUUUAUUUUUUA